GACUUCAAAAUUUGUCUCUGAUGCGCGCGAUCAAUCAAUGGCAGACUUCAAGGGCUCUGCAGCGUGUAGACUCGAGAUUCAAGGUGACCUCCCACUGGCAUGGCAGCUGAGGGCGCGGGCGGCCAAUGGCUCGUGUUUGCCAGCGGGAGCGGCCUGGCUCUUUGUCGAGCCACGAUUGGUAUCCUUAGUGUAUUUGCGGGCUUGCAGAGGUUUGGCCAAGGGCCAGGUUCUUUGAUGUCAAGCUGGCCCGAUAGUCUCGUGAGUCGCUUCUGGUUUUGGGAAGGCUGAGCCCCCGCCAUUCAGCUGUGGAAUCUCUUUCCGAGGUUGGCAUUGAUUUCCAGGGUAGAACGAAGAGGCUUCCCACCCGAACAAGUAUGUAGGGUAAGGUACUGAUGGGAGAGGCCCAAAACAGCACCUACCGGUGGGCGUGCUAGAUUUGUCUACAGUACCGGUAGAUGUUUUGUCGGGCGCAGCACCCGAGAACCAAUUGCCGCUGGCCUCUGCCAUGCUUUUCGUGCUCAUGGCUGGAUUUGCAGGCUUGAGAAUCUCGGUUUCCGUGCAGCACAUGAGUACGACAAUUGGGGACAAGUGAACCACUGAGCAAACACUCCUGAAUAUCAG